UCCUUGCCUUACACAUUCCUUAAAUCCUCCUCCUUAACUCCCAAUUACCUCUCCACCCUUGCUCAUGGCUCUUAUUUACCACUUUGCCAUUCUGUUCAUUUUCUUCACUUGUAUUAACGCCGCUUUAGUUCAAGAGCAGCCUCUUGUUUUAAAAUACCAUAACGGCGUCCUCUUGAAAGGAAACGUUACCGUUAAUCUGAUCUGGUACGGCCAUUUCACGCCAAUCCAACGGUCAAUAAUCACCGACUUCGUAAUCUCGUUAAACUCCGGUAGAACACCGGCGCCGUCCACGUCAUCGUGGUGGAAAACAACCGAGAAGUACCACGGCGGUUCAAGCAGUAUCAGAGUCGGCCAUCAAAUUCUUCACGAGCAGUACACGUUAGGCAAAACCCUAAAAUCCGUUCAUCUUAAAGCCUUAGCUUCUAAAGUAAAUUUUGCUAUAAACUCAAUCAACGUCGUUUUGACGGCAAACGACGUCGUAGUCGACGGGUUUUGCAUGAACCGUUGCGGUACUCACGGGUCAGCUUCCCGGUCGAGGUCCGGUACUUAUAUUUGGGUGGGUAAUUCCGUGACUCAGUGUCCGGGUUAUUGCGCUUGGCCUUUUCAUCAACCUAUAUACGGCCCACAGACACCGCCGUUAGUUUCUCCUAACGGAGACGUUGGAAUAGACGGUAUGAUUAUUAAUUUAGCCACUCUGUUAGCUAACACCGUUACCAACCCGUUUAACAGCGGGUAUUUUCAAGGCCCAGCUACUGCUCCACUCGAAGCUGUUUCAGCUUGCACUGGACAAUUCGGGUCGGGCUCUUACCCGGGCUAUCCUGGCCGGACCUUGGUGGAUAAGGUGACUGGUGCAAGUUUUAACGCUUACGGUGUUAACGGGAGGAAGUUCCUGUUACCGGCUAUGUGGGAUCCACAAACUAGUGCGUGUAGGACACUUGUGUGAUUGUGACACGUGGAAGGGGGUGAGGACGUGGCGGGUGUAUGUGAAUUGUGAUGUAGAUAUUAUCCAUAUGAUGAAGAAAUGGGGCGGUAGUACUGGGAUAGUUUUGGAUUUUUAAAAUUGUAGCUCUAUUAUGUAGUUUUAUAUUUUGUGGGUUGUCGUUUUGUAUGACGUGUAAAUUCGGAAAAAGAAUGUGAAAAUGGGUACAAUUAUAUAUUAGUAAUAAAGAAAUUAGUACAAAAUUAUAA